GAAGAAGCGCUGAGCUGCUGCCGGACAGAGUGGACGUAGCGUCGGUCAGGUGUUAGCUUUGCAGACGUCGUCAGCGAAUAGCAUGACACGAACGUUGCGAAGACUGCGGGACCUUCAGCAGCAAUACUCUUCGAUUAUUGCUGCUGCGCCGCGUCUCUUAGGAAGGGAAUUUCAUAUUCAGACGCUCGCUCGAAACAAAGACGUUAUCGAUGCUUCUGCAGUUUCUCCAUCAAAGAGGGCAAGGACAGAGACCUCAGACCAACGACCUGUCCUCAGAUUUGCUAAGCUUUCCGAGCAUGCCACGACACCUACCAGAGGCUCAGCUAAAGCUGCCGGAUAUGACCUCUACAGUGCAUAUGAUUACUCCAUUGGUCCUAUGGAUAAGGCCAUCGUGAAAACAGACAUCCAGAUAGCAGUCCCACAUGGCUGCUAUGGGAGAGUGGCACCGAGAUCUGGACUGGCAGUGAAAAACUUCAUUGAUGUUGGCGCUGGAGUUGUGGAUGAAGACUAUAGAGGAAAUGUUGGAGUUGUGCUCUUCAACUUCAGCAAGGAUACAUUUGAGGUGAAAAAGGGCGACCGAAUUGCUCAGCUGGUUUGUGAGAGGAUCUGCUACCCAGAUCUAGAGGAGCAAAAGACACUAGAUGAGACAGAGCGUGGUGCUGGAGGAUUUGGAUCAACUGGAUCCAAGUGAAAUCUCCAAAUAUAAUUGUAUUGCAAAUGUAUAUGUUGAAAGUGUGUAAAUUAUAUGCUAAUAAAGUUCUCAUUGUACUUUG